UAACAUAACAAAUGGAUAUGAAAGUGUUACAAUUAGUCCAAACGAGAGUUAUAUUCAAUAUUGGGCAUUUCUAUUUUUGUCCUUGCCUUAAUUAAAUAAAUGUUUUGUUGAAAAAAAAAGAAAAAAAGAAAAAAACCGAAAGUGAGGGGAGCAACAUUUGAUCAGUUUGAUCACUUGCAUUCUUGUCAAACACUCGAAACAUUCUUGAUCAAUUUCCAGUUUUUCCUUCACACUGAUCACAGUUUACAGUGAUCAUCAAUUUUCAAAUCAACCCAUCUUCAAGAUCACCAUUUUCAUCUUCACCUUGAAGCUCCAACAAUGGCGGAAUUCCUAGACCUAGAAUCCAAAGAUGGAGUUCGAAUGCCAUGGAACGUAAUCCCAGGCACAAAACAAGAAUCAAGCAAUUCUGUUAUCCCUGUUUCUCUUCUCUAUACUCCAUUAAAACCCUUCCCUAAUCUUCCAAUUCUUCCUUACUCUCCUCUUCGAUGUCGUUCUUGUCGAUCAAUUCUCAACCCUUUUGCUGUCAUCGAUUAUGCUGCCAAAAUCUGGAUCUGCCCUUUUUGUUUCAAUCGAAAUCACUUCCCCCAACAUUACGCUUCGAUUUCUGAUGCUAAUCUUCCUGCUGAAUUAUACCCAGAAUACACUACAAUUGAAUAUGAACCACUCCCUGAAUUGCACGCCCAAAAUCAUACCCCUUUAGUUUAUUUAUUUGUUGUUGAUAAUUGUUUGAUUGAGGAAGAAAUUGGGUAUUUGAAAUUGGCUUUGUCUCAGGCGUUGGAUUUGAUGCCGGAUGAUGCUCUAAUUGGGUUUAUUACAUUUGGGAGUUUUGUUCAAGUUCAUGAAUUAGGGUUUUCUGGUGGGGGUAGUGGGAUUCCUAAGUGUUAUGUGUUUAAAGGGUCUAAGGAGGUUAGUAAAGAUAAGGUGAUGGAGCAGUUGAAUUUUUUUGAUCGGAAGCCGAAACCGGCUGCUGGGGUUGUUGCUGGUGUUAGAGAUGGUUUGACUUCUGAAAGCAUUGCGAGGUUCUUGUUGCCUGCUUCCGAGUGCGAGUUUACGUUGAAUUCGCUGUUAGAAGAGCUUCAAAAGGAUCCUUGGGGAGUGCCUUCAGAUCAGAGGGCAAGUAGAUGUACUGGCACAGCGCUCAGUAUUGCUGCCCAUGUGUUGGGUGCUUGCGUUCCUGGAUCAGGAGCUAGGAUUAUGGCUUUUGUUGGUGGCCCAUCAACAGAAGGGCCGGGCGCUAUUGUUUCAAAGAACUUAUCUGAGCCAAUUCGUUCUCACAAGGAUCUGGAUAAGGAUUCUGCUCCAUAUUAUCAUAAAGCUGUUAAAUUCUAUGAAGGACUUUCUAAGCAGCUUGUACACCAAGGGCACAUUGUUGACCUUUUUGCGUGUGCUCUAGAUCAGGUUGGGCUUGCUGAAAUGAAAGUUGCUGUUGAAAGUACUGGCGGUCUUGUGGUCCUUGCUGAAAGUUUUGGCCAUUCAGUUUUUAAGGACUCUCUGAAGCGUGUUUUCCAGGCUGGGGAACAUGAUCUUGGACCAGCGUCAAAUGGUAUAUUUGAGGUUAGCUGCUCAAAAGAUAUGAAGAUUCAGGGAAUUCUUGGUCCCUGUGCAUCACUUGAAAAGAAAGGUCUACUUUGUUCGGAAACCGUUAUUGGUCAGGGAAACACAAGUGCAUGGAAGUUGUGUGGACUUGACAAAGCUACAACUUUAUGCAUCUAUUUUGACAUUGCAAAGAAGGAGAGCCCUGAUGCUAUUGGUGAAGCCACUAGCAACCUGUUUUACCUACAGUUUUUGACUUAUUAUCAACAUAUUAGUGGUCGUAUGAGACUUCGUAUUUCUACUAUUUCUAGGCGAUGGGUUUCUGGUCCAGGAAGCACACAGGAGUUGAUUGCGGGAUUUGAUCAAGAAGCGGCUGCUGUUACUCUGGCACGCUUAGUUUCAUUCAAGAUGGAGAAUGAGGCAGAGUUUGACCCAAUACGAUGGCUUGAUAGAUCACUGAUACGUCUAUGCUCAAAAUAUGGAGAUUACCAAAAGGAAAAUCCCAACUCUUUUAGCCUAUCACCACGGUUUUCAAUAUUUCCUCAAUUUAUUUUUCAUCUAAGGAGAUCUCAGUUUGUUCAGGUGUUCAACAACAGCCCUGAUGAGACUGCAUACUUCAGAAUGAUUUUAAAUCGGGAAAAUGUAGCCAACUCGGUAGUGAUGAUUCAGCCUUCACUGAUUUCCUAUUCCUUACAAUCACCUCCUGAACCUGCUCUUCUCGACGUCGCUUCUGUAGCUCCAGAUAGGAUAUUGCUACUAGACUCAUAUUUCACUAUUGUCAUAUUUCAUGGUCAAACGAUUGCUCAGUGGCGUAAGGCUGGAUACCAAGAUCAGCCUGAUUACAAGGAAUUUGCCCACUUGUUGCAAGUUCCUAAAGACGAUGCCAAUGCUUUGAUCAAAGAGAGGUUUCCAGUUCCACGCUUAGUUAUCUGUGAUCAGUAUGGCUCUCAGGCCCGCUUUCUUCUGGCAAAGUUAAAUCCUUCAGCUACAUACAACUCUGGUGCCUCUAUGGCUCCUGGUGGAGAUCUCAUUUUCACGGACGACGUCAGUUUUGAGGUGUUCUUGGAUCAUCUCCAAAGGCUAGCAGUUCAAUAGAAUAGAAUAGGUCCCACAAUUUUGUAAAAUUUUAUUUGAGCUUGCUGUACAGUAAUGUCUACUUUGAUGUUUUGGCAGUGCGAGUCUAUUAUCAUUUUAUGCUCUGCAUAUUUUUUAUUGGUAUUAAUAAUGUUCCACUUUAAGCUGAUCGGAUAAUACCAUUAUAAGCAACUUCUCAGUGAAAUCUUCUAAUGAAAGCCAAUUGAGAAUUUGCUGCUGCAGUA